AUGAAGAGCAGCACCCUCCUAACGGCCGUCAUGGUCAUCCUGGCUCUUUCCCUUCUCACCUCCACCAUUUGCAUUGCCCAUUUAUUUGUCGAUAUCAGCACGUUCUACGAUGAUAUCAUGCAGGAUGCCAGUGAAUUCAAGGGCACUGCAGACGAUACUUGGGACCUGAUCAUAGGCUUAAUGGCAGUUCCCCCUGGUGGGCGAGAAAAGCGUGAUAACGGAGAAGUGCCUCCGUGUGCGAAGGUCAGUUGCCCUCCUGGCCCUGCAGGCCCUCCAGGAAUACCGGGAGAAGCUGGCAUCGAUGGCGAAAAUGGAGAGAAUGGGAUGCCGGGAGAGACUGGGUUGAUAGCCGAGUACGAAGGAAUUGAUGAAGCCACUGGAUGUUUGAGAUGCCCGAGUGGUCCGCCUGGUCCACAGGGUCUUUCUGGACCUACUGGAAGCCCUGGUCCUCAAGGCAGCGAAGGCGCUCGAGGGCAACCUGGAGAAAAUGGGGAGAAUGGAUUGCCAGGACCAAGAGGUGACGCGGGUCCUGAAGGGCCUGCAGGAUCGGCCGGAACAAGGGGACCAGCUGGUGAAUCAGUGCAACGUAAGAAGCCGGUAACUGGCCCACCUGGGCCAGCCGGUCCUCCCGGACGACCCGGACUCCCUGGGCAGCCGGGCGAGAGUGGUGCGCAGGGGAUUGCCGGUUUGCCAGGGCCACCUGGGCAACCAGGCAAGAGAGGAAUUGAUGGAAAACCAGGAUAUGGAACAAGCGGGCUACCAGGACCUGAUGGAGAUUACUGUCCAUGUCCGCCUCGAGGAGAGAGUUCCAUUGAAUCUACAGAACCAAGCUCCACGGAUAAAACAGAACUUUCUGAUCCUGAAGGCUUUGAUAAUAUUGGUGCUGAAGGAAUGAUUGAACUAUCUGGUGAUGCUGAGGGCGAAGAUGCUCGACUUACUAGACGUUAA